UAAAUGACAAACAGCUGUGUUUUUGCCGACAUGCUGUUCUUGUCAAGCAAUCGCAACGUGCCGGUGACACAUUACGCAAUGUAUGAAACAAUCUAAGACGCUUCACCAAGAUCAGACUCAGGCUAACAAGAAAAAAAAAAACAAUGCUGCGCAAAGCGUCGAUGUUAGCUGCAGCCGUGGCCGUAGCGCCCACCGGGGGAAAUCCACCAGCAAAAGAUUCGCUUGUGUGUAAACCAAGUGAAUUGCCAAUCUACGGUUCCUUGCAUGCGUCAGAACCACAGAAACGGCCAGAGCACAAGCCCACAAUUUCCCCGUUGCAGAAUACUCUGGAAGACGGCGUCCGUUACGUUCGACUAGAAGUGGGGAAGGGCUGGAAAGUAUUAGGCGAACAGACUGCAAUCGUUAGCGACUAUUAUAAUACGGCGAAAGAUCACACGCAACGUUCCAUUGACUUUCUGAACGAGCCACAGAACUCGAUGCACCGCAGUGGAGCGAUUGUGAUGGGUGGUCUGGCUGGUUUUAUAUUUGCUGCUCGUGGCGGUUUCUUUAAGAAAGUGAUUUACACCACAAUUGGAGCUGGCACUGUUGCGUCACUCUGCUAUCCACGCCAGGCGGAGGAAAAUGUGCGUAUUGUAUUGUACGAGGGGCGCAAGAUAUUUGCUGUUGCCUACAACUUCAUCAAAGGCGUGAAGCCCGGCGAGGAGGUCUCCAUCGAGCCAAUUCAGAAGUUCCCCACAACUCUGAAGGAUCUCAAGUUCUUGGCAAUAGAUCUGAUCGACGAGGCUAAGGAAACAAUCUUCCCCAAGAAGAAGUAAACAUAAGCAACACGCAA